UGUCUGUAACUCAUCACAUGACGUCGAAUAUCUCUUGGGUCUAGAGUAAGAGAUAGUGGGUCGGGUUUAAAUAAAAAAAGAUAAAAAAUCUAGUACACUCAAGACUUGAAUUGAUAGAGCGACUACUGACAGUACAGUUUAAAUUUUUAAAAAUUAAUAUCCACAAUUACACUUACCGUCACUACGUUAACGUACAUCAGGACCAGGUCUGUCUUGUCUUGUCUAGUUUAGUGACGACAUCGUGGGUGUGAUUGUUACGUGUUACGACAACCUUUUUAUUUGUGGUUUUUUAAAAAUAUAUUCAAAAUGAGCACACCCUCAGUACUUCCAGAAGACCAUCCGAUCUACGGACCAUUUUUCGGUGUAAUGGGCGCUGCAUCCGCCAUUAUAUUUUCCUCGCUGGGAGCGGCGUAUGGAACCGCGAAGGCUGGAACGGGAAUCGCAGCGAUGUCUGUGAUGAGACCAGAAUUGAUAAUGAAAUCGAUAAUUCCAGUUGUUAUGGCUGGUAUUAUUGCAAUUUAUGGUUUGGUCGUCGCUGUAUUGAUCGCUGGUCAAUUGAAGGAACCUUCUGGUUACUCAUUGUAUCAAGGUUUCAUUCACUUGGGUGCUGGUCUAGCAGUAGGAUUUGCCGGUCUAGCUGCCGGUUUCGCUAUCGGAAUAGUUGGUGACGCAGGAGUAAGAGGAACUGCCCAGCAGCCGCGUCUCUUCGUCGGUAUGAUCCUUAUCCUCAUCUUCGCCGAGGUACUCGGUCUCUACGGUCUCAUCGUCGCUAUCUAUCUCUUCACAAAAGGAGGAUCACAGUAAUUAUUCACAUCCGCUUACUGCCGCCUGGUCUACAUCUCAAAAAAAAAAAUUAAAAAAAAAAAAAACAAUAAUAAUUAAGUAAAAAAAAAAAGUUUUCGACGCUGAUACCGUCGCUCAUAUCCGAUAUUAUUUCCAGUGAUCGAAUUACAAUAAUUAAUAAUUUAAAAAUAAUUACCGAUUGUAAAUUUAUAAUUCCUCUGUAGAUAUUUUUUUAAUUACUAUUUAAACAGGCGGCAUUAAUUUUAUUUAUCAUUAUUAUUAAUUUUUUUUUUUUUUUUUUUUUUAAUUUUAAAAUUAAAAAAUAUUUUGUCACAAAUCAGGCCACUGUAAAAAAAUUCUUUUUUUUUUUUUUUAAUUAAUUAAUUGAUUGAUUAAUUAAUUAAUUAAUUAAUUAAUAUGUUUAGCACAAUUAAAAUAAAAUAAUAAUUGUAUUACAUGUAAAUUUAAUUAAUAGAAAUUUAUAAAUUCUCUAAAUGUGAAGAAAAAAAAAAUUAUUAGAAAUUAAUUUUUUUUUUUUUAAUUUUAAUUUUAAUUAAUGAUUAAUAAUUAAUGAAUGUAUGAUAGUAUUAAGUCAAUUUGAGAGGCUUGACAUAAUGAAUUUGAUUAUUGUUAUUAUUAUUAUUAUUUUAAAAUGAAUAUAAUUUAUUUUAAAUAAUAAUUAAUUGAUAAAAUUAAUUACGGAGGCCAGUAAUUAAUUUUUCAUGAUUAAUUAGUUCAUUAUGUCAUGUUAAUGUAAAUUAAUAAAAUUGAUUAAAAUAAAUAUUAAUGACGGAUUGAAAAAAAAAGAUAUGAUAAUUUGCAUUGUACAUUCCAUUGAAUUUUGAGUACAGAGCGAGAUUCAAAUAAAUUGGUAUCGAAAUUUGAAGAUCGAUAUAUCGAAAUUUAAAAAUCGAUUAUUUUUUAGUGAUAAUAUUGAAAAUAAUUGAUAAUAAAAAUUAAAAAUUCGAUAUAUCGAAAUUUCGAGAUCGAUAUAUCGAAGUUUUGAGAUCGAUAUAUCGAACUGCAUAUCGAUUUUUUUUAAUGAUAAUCAUCAAGAUAAUUGAGAAAAAAUAAAAAGUCGAUAUAUCGAAAUUUUAAAAUCGAUAUAUCGGACUUUUAAAAUCGAUAUAUCGAAGUUAUAAGGUCGAUAUAUCGUAGUAUUAAUACUAAUAUCUGACAUUAAAUGAAGAUUUUUUACAAUUAUGUUUGAAAAAUCAAUACAUCGAAAGUUAAAUAAUCGAUCAAUCGAACUACUAAAGUCGAUAUAUCGAAGUUAAAAUAAAUGAUUAAUCGAACUCGAAGUUUCUAUAUCUCACCUAAAAAAUUAACUUUUAUCAGUAAAUAAAAUCAAUUAUCGAACUCUAAAAAAUCGAUAUAUCGAACUACUAAAAUCGAUAUAUCGAAGUUAAAAUAAUCGAUUAAUCGAACUCGAGGUUUCGAUAUCUCAAUUGAAAAAAAACUUUUAUCAGUAUAUAAAAAAAAUUAUCGAACUUUAAAUAUCGAUAUAUCGAACAAUUAAAAUCGAUAUAUCGAAGUUACAAUAAUCGUUUAAUCGAACGUCAAGUUUCGAUACAUCAAAUGAAAAAAAAACUAUCAGACUCAAAAAAUCAAUUAUCGAACUUUACAAAUCGAUAUAUCGAACUUCAGAAAAUCGAUAUAUCGAACUUUAAAAAAAUCGAUAUAUCGAACCAAAAAUUUUUAAAUUAAAUAAAUAAAAUUAAAAAUGUUUAUUACAUUGGAGCUGCUAAUGAACAUUUUUAAAAAAAAUUUAUUUAAAAUAAAAUAAAACGAAGUCAUACUCGACCUUUAUCACCAGUAAUUACUCCAGCUCACUAGCUCUAAAUCGUAACUGGCAUUUUCUCCUUCCAAAAUAAAAACUAAACCAGCAUAAAAAACAAUUUGAUCUCUAGCUUUACGAAUUGACUUAAAUUAUCUAAAGCUCGUUCGUUCCUCUCCAAAAUUUAUUUCAUUUUAAAUUCAAAUUUAAAUUUAAAUUUAAUCGAUUACUCUAGUGCGUUUAUAAUGUACAUAAAAUAAUAAUCAUAAUAAUAACAGUACUCCAUAUAAUGUACACGUACUAGUAUAAUACCACAUAUAUAAUCGAUCUAAGUAUAUAGAAUAUUAAUUUUUUUUUUUUUUUAACGCGAGUGUUUGAAUUUUUCGCGCGACUGAGGACGAGCACGCGAGUGAGUGACCGCGUGCUAGAUUAUAAUUUAGACUAGACUUUUAGAUUCUGGAGCUGCACUAAAUAGGCGUAGGGGAGAGAUUACUAACUAUACAUAUAUAUAUUAUAUAUAUAUAUAAAUAUAUAUCACUUAUCAUUGAUAACGACAACAUGUAAUGCAAGUAAUUAAAUUGUAUGUACCUUCCAGUGUUACUGUAGAUUUAUUGAGCUGAGUGGAUCCGGUCAUAAAUAUGAAAAAAAAAAAAAAAAAGAAAUUUAAUUAUAUAAAUAUAUGAAUUUAUGAUUAUCAUUAUAAUUAUGAUUACUAUUAUUAUUAUUAAUUAUAUAUAAAUAAUUAUGUUAUAAUUGUCCUCGAUGUUACAGAUAUUAAAAAUUGAAUAAAUAAAUGAAUAUUAUUUAUUUCA